UAUAUUCAACGAUGAUACAUUUUUGCCGAACAAAAAAUUGAUAUUAAUCAAUAUAUUAAAAAACAUUUUUUUUUUACAAAUUCCAUUUUAUAAUAUUGUAAGGGUAAUUUUCUCCCAGCUGCCUCAGUAUCAUCUGCAUCUACAUCUAAACCUCAAGACAAUAAGUUAAAAAGUUUAAAGAAUUUGUCCAAGUCUAAUUCAGUCCAACCAUCAGAGUUGAAAAUUCCCGGUUCAAAAAAGGGAAAGGGAAAAAAAGAAAAGAAAAAAACCAAUUAUGAAGAGGAAAGGAAAAAGACAAAGAAACGAAAAAAAGAAAAAGAAAGAAAGGAAAAACAGAAGAAAGACCAAAUCUCUGUGUUUAAAUUAUUUGGUUUCGCUACUCCAUUGGACACUCUGCUCUUAUGCCUAGGAGUUUGUUCAGCUAUAGGUUGUGGAACAGCUGUUCCUUUGAUGACUAUCAGGUUUGGGAGUAUACUUCAAAUGUUUGUUGAUAAUGAAAACUGCAUUCUGUAUAACGCCAGUAUAACGGCCUACAGACAAUCUUCUACCGAGGCAAGUGAGAUCAUAACGGACGCUGAUGAUAACACAACCUUCUCAUCAUGGAGGAAUAGCACGGAACCCCAGAUUCCUCCAGGCCUGGUUUGUACAGACCUCAAUAUGGCCGAAAAUCUUUUGACAUUCAGCAAAAAGAUGUUUAGUAUUGGAAUAAUGGUCUGGAUUGCAAGCUAUUUGUUUGUUACCAGUCUGAAUCUCGCAGCAGAGCGCCAGGCUUAUCGAAUAAGAACGGAGUUCUUGAAAGCUAUUCUGAGGCAAGAUAUCAGUUGGUUCGACACUACAACGACAACUGAUUUUGCAACAAAGAUGACAGAGGAUUUAAACAAGAUUCAAGAAGGUUUAGGUGAAAAAAUAGGCAUGCUCUGCUUCUUUAUGUCAACAUUCGUCUGCUCAAUAAUAACAGCAUUUCUGAAGGGUUGGGAGCUAACUUUAGUGCUGCUCUCAAUGAUUCCACUUAUGGGCAUGGCUUCAGGAUUUUUGACAAAAGCCCAGGCUUCUUACGCAUUCAAAGAGUCAUCUGCAUAUGGACAAGCUGGUGCAGUCGCAGAAGAAGUACUUAGCAAUAUCAAAACUGUCCUUGCUUUCGGAGGAGAGGCCAAAGAAGUAGAUAGAUAUACUCAAAAACUCAAGCCUGCAAGGAAAUCUGGAGUUGUCCGAAGCGCUUUUACCGGAGUUUCUGGUGGAAUAACUUUUGUAAUCAUGUACACCGUUUAUGGUGUUGGAUUUUGGUAUGGAGUCAAAUUGAUAUUUGACGAUAUUGAAAGAUGUAGGGGGGAGUGGGUCUGCUCAAAUGAAUAUACUCCGGAGAAUCUGGUAAUCAUCUUCUUUAGUGUGCUUCUUGGUGGAUUUCAGAUUGGACAAUCUGCACCAUAUGCGGAGGCUUUAUCACAAGCAAUGAGCUCUGCCACGGCAAUCUUCAGAAUCAUUGAGCGAACACCUAAAAUAGACAGCUUAUCCGACAGAGGAAUGAAACCAAUUUCUGUAGACGAUAAUAUAUGUUUUCGAAACCUAACCUUCAAAUAUCCAUCCCGGAACACUGUCUCUGUGUUAAAGAACAUAACAUUUGAGGUCAAGAAAGGACAAACUGUUGCACUUAUUGGAGCAUCAGGAUGUGGAAAAUCCACAGUUCUUCAGCUCAUUCAACGAUUUUAUGACCCUGUGGAAGGUUCAAUAGAGUUGGAUGGAAGAAAUAUUCGGAGUUUGAAUGUUGGAUGGAUGCGCGAAAGAAUCGGUGUUGUUAGUCAGGAACCGGUUCUUUUUGAUUUAAGCAUUUUGGAGAACAUUCGAGUAGGUCGCGUUGAAGUUACUCAAGAUGAGGUUGUUAAAGCUGCAAAGGAAGCCAAUGCAUUUGAUUUCAUUAUGAAAUUGCCAAAAAGAUUUGACACUCAUGUUGGAGAAAGAGGAGCACAGUUAUCAGGAGGUCAAAAGCAAAGGGUUGCCAUAGCAAGAGCUCUAGUACGAAACCCUUCAAUCCUGUUGUUAGACGAGGCAACAUCUGCACUUGAUACUGAAAGUGAAGGUUUAGUGCAAAGUGCAAUGGAACGAGCUAAAUAUGGAAGAACUACAAUCGUUGUAGCUCAAAGACUGUCUACAAUCAGGAAUGCUGACAAAAUACUUGUUAUGAAAGAAGGAAGCAUUGAAGAGGAAGGAACGCAUAGCGAACUAAUGGAUAAAAGAGGACUCUACCACAGUAUGAUAAGUAGAAAAUUUGGAUUCAAGGCAACCAAUGAGAUUGAAGAGGAUUUAGUGUUAGAGUCCCUGUCUCAAGAAGUAGAUCUUUCAAAUUUUCAAGAUGAAACCAGAGGUCGACAACGACUGCCAACCCAAGAAUCCCCUAACACAGAGACAGUGCUUCCUGACGACCUUAUCAAAGAAAUUGCUGAGAAAGAGAGAGAAGAUCAUCUGGAAACAAACUAUUUCAAGAUCCUACAUCUAAAUGCGCGCGAAUGGCCUUUUAUUCUGAUCGGAGUCUUGUCAAGUGCUGUGAUGGGUGGAGUAAUGCCUUCUUUCGCAUUCCUUUUCGGGGACGUACUUUCAAUCUUUGUCUGGGAAAAUAUACAGGAAGCACGGGACCACUCUUUAUAUAACUGUUUCCUCUUCAUUGGUUUAGGCGUUGCAAGUGGAAUGGCAAUGUUCUUACAGGGGUACAUGUUUGGAAUAUCUGGCGAACAUCUGACCUACAGGCUCAGAAUAUUGGCAUUUACGCAUAUGUUGAAGCAAGAACUUGGUUGGUUUGAUGAUCAACGGAACAACACGGGUUCCCUGUGUACUAGACUGUCUGCCGAUGCAUCAAAGGUUCAGGGUGCAACAGGUGCUAGGAUUGGUUCCGUGUUGCAGGGAGUGGCUGGUUGCAUCAUCUCAUUAAUGUUUGGAAUCUACUAUUCUUGGGAACUCACGCUUGCAGCAGGAAUCUUUUAUCCCUUCCUGAUCGGUGCUGCUUUCCUGCACAUGAAGGUCAUAAUAGGCGUAGAUACAGUGGAACAGAAAGCGUUUGAGAGGUCUACAAAGCUUGCUGUUGAUGCCAUAUCUAAUAUCAGAACUGUAGCAAGUACAAGGAGCGAGGAAAGUUUUAUAAUGAUGUUUCUGAUGGAAUUAAGAGAUCCGCACUCCCUGAUAUUGAGCAGGAUACACCUGAGAGGUUUGGUGUUUGGAUUUUCACAGGCUAUUCAGUUCUUUAGCUGGGGGGCCUGUAUAGGUAUUGGUGGAUACCUCAUACAAAGCGGAAAGCUCAAGUUUUUUGAAGUGUUUAAGGUAUCCAACGCUAUAAUUGGCGGUGCUGGAAUGAUCGGAUACUCCUUUGCCUUUACUUCUGAUCUACAAAAGGCUAUGAUGGCAGCAGGACGACUUUCUUCCAUCUGGGCAAGAAAAUCCAAGAUUGACGUAGAUAGUAAGGAAGGAGUUAUUACAGCAGAAAACAUGGCAGACAUAACUUUUACUGACGUGGAGUUCUCUUACCCAACUAGACGAAAUGAAAAAGUGCUUAACCGUCUGAGACUUUCAAUAAGAAAAGGAGAAAAGGUCGCCUUGGUUGGAGCUUCAGGUUGUGGUAAAUCAACCGUAAUCCAAUUGAUCCAGAGAUUUUACGAGCUUGACGGUGGAGAUUUAACCAUUCAAAACGAAAAGUUAAAGAAUAUCAACUUGGCUUGGCUUAGAUCUCAGAUUGGUAUAGUGUCACAGGAGCCAGUGUUGUUUGAUAGAUCAAUUGCCGAGAACAUAAUGUACGGCGACAAUUCAAGAGAUGUUUCUAUUGAGGAGGUUAUCGAGUGUGCUAGAAAAGCAAACAUACACAACUUUAUAACUUCUCUCCCCAACGGAUACGAAACUAGGGUUGGAGGGAAAGGAAUCCAAAUGUCUGGUGGACAAAAACAAAGAAUUGCCAUUGCUAGGGCGCUAAUAAGACAUCCUAAGAUAUUACUUCUAGAUGAGGCUACAUCUGCAUUAGACCCAGAAAAUGAACAGAUAGUUCAAGAUGCACUGGAUGAGGCUGCUGUUGGGAGGACCUCCAUCACUGUUGCACACCGCUUAUCUUCAAUCCAGUUUUCAGACAUCAUUUAUAUCAUGGACAAAGGACAGGUUAUUGAAUGUGGUUCCCAUACAGAUCUUAUGGAGCAAAAGAGGGUGUACUACAACUUGUGGAUUAAAGGAGAAACGGAACAAAAUAAAAACUGAAAAAAUAUUUAACAUGAACUUUUUGCACAACUCACAGAGAUAUUUUCCGCAUCGAAAGUAAAUUACAAACCACGCCAAAAAAUACCUAUAUACAUAAGAACAUUUGGGGACGAAAAAUAUCAAUUAAACUUAUUUGGAUCCAUGGAAUAGAUAUUAAACAGAAUAUUUGUGUAAACCAAGGUGUGUAAUUGACUUUCUAAAUGUUGAAGAAAAACUAAUUAAAUUAAUAUAGAAUUAUAAGAUAAAUGUGCUCUAAGCUAAUUUUUUCCUUAUAAGUCUAGCUGCCCUAUCAAAAUUCUGAAAACAUA